GCCGGACCGAGAAGCGUCAUUCCUUCCCCGUGAUCCGUCGACGGUAGAACCACUCUUUCUUCUCUUCGCACACCCUUUCUCGUCCUUUUUCCUCGUCGAGUGAUACGUGUGCGGUUGCUUACCAAACGGCAGUCAUCAUCUUUGUAACAGCAACAAGCUUCUUCGAUUUAGUUUUCUUCUUUCCUAUCCUUCUGUCUCGCUCCGUCUCAUUCCUUUCCCCACUCUUCAAGUUCCCCUUCCGUUGGUCGACGUUGACCGAUAAGCGAAGCGUUCCACUGUCAGGGUCGAAGAAAGAAGAGGUCGGGGUCCGUGCCAGCUGUUCGCGAGCUCGUGUCCGCUAUUCAACCCGUUCUUGAACUUCGUUCUUCUUGGUCCCUGAUCAUCCACGGACGACACAGUGUCUGGGACACAGUGUCUGUUCACCAUGUCGCUCAUCACCGGCUGCUUCCGACGACUGACCGAGGCGCCAACCAGAACCGAGUUGAAAGGGUACAAGGUAACGGACGUGAACCGUACACGAAAAUUCGGCGUCGCCUGUAGGAGCCUUCAGGAGCUGAAACGGAAAGCCUGCGCUAAAUUAAACGUGACGAACGAUCUUGCCGAAGUCAACGUUUUCCUGUUGGACGGUUCACUGAUCGACGAAGAGUACUUUUCCACGCUCGAACCUCAGACAACGAUCAUUAUACAGAAGCCUGGUGAGAAGGUUUUAACAGACGCGGACCUGCUGUACGAUACCUUGAGGCGAGUCAACAUCGAUUUCCUGACUGCCGGUAUCAAGGCGUCCGAGUUCCUCACAGAGCACCUUAAAACCAAGGUCGCUAUUCUAAAUAACGCGUUGAACAAAGACGACUCGAAGACGACGUUCAGCACGAGGGACGAGCAUCCGGAAUGGUUCCGUGGCUUGGAAACCAACUGUACAACCAAAGAAGCGUAUAUGCAUCGCAAGUGUCAAGACAGGGUACGCGGCUACCUUUACAAAACGAUCGAUCAGAUCAAAUCAUCGGAGACGUUUGCAAAGGAUCCUCGAGCCAGGAAACAGCUGUUGUACGCGAUAGCUUUCUUUAAAAUGCAGUUGAAAGAGGACCACUAUUUUGGCCACUAUUUCGAUAGAACUCGAGCUAAGAUGGAGUCAUUGAAUAGUGUUGACGAAAGUGAUUCCUCGGUUUGCUACGAUCAUUGUCCCUGUAGGCUGAGCUGUUUGGACGGCAGCACGUACUUCCGUUUAUUCGGAACAAUGAAUCAAUCCUGCGUGGAUGGCGCGAGAAAGAAGGGCACGCAAACGGAUUCAAUAUCCGACGAGGAACAGGAAGCGGAGAACAAUUAUCCUUACACUGUUAAAAGGAAUGACAGGGUGUCUUGUGUAGCGAUGUGCGAUCACAAGGGUGAAUUUAGGUGCUGCGGUAUUUGGAAUGCGGAGAAGUGUUCGUACGGGGACAGGCACAAAAUCAACCCUUACAGAUCGAGGGAAGAGCUUAUACUGUUUUCUACGUGGAAUUUCGAUCAUAAGAUCGAGAGAUCGAGAACCUUGAUACCGAUGCUUUUGAAGUUGUCAUCGCAAGGAAUAGCCAACGAAACGGACAUCCUCGAUAUUUAUGACAAUCUUUUCACUCUAAAGAAUUUGAGGCUGGUGCACAUCGUGUGCCACGAUAAGGGCUCGCACAAAUAAUUUAAUCUAAUACCAGGCUAAUUUGUUGGGAAGGUGAUCAAAUACGUAGAACGAGCUCUGAACGUAAAUCUAAUUGUUCGUAUGAAAACGCACCUACCUACUUGUAAACUGCUGUUAAUAGUUGAUAGAUUUAAACGUUUAUUAAUGUCGUAUCCGAUCGUAAUUCCGUUGCGCCGCAAAAAUCACAAGCAAUAACGAUCGACGAACUAUUUUCUUCUGGCUGGUAGAUCGUAAGUCAUCUUUCCUAGACUACAAUAUUGAGACUUAAUAACGAUACUGCACUAAUGAUUUUUUAUACGUUUAUCUUAUUAACGAUAAAUCUGACUAUAUGCACCGUAACAGUGAAUGUAAAGUAAAAAGAUCACACGAACUUCUCGAUCUGUUGUUACACUCUUGGUAAGAAUGGUAGCCGUUGAUAAUGUAAACACAGACUUUUAGAGAAUCAUAAACGACAACUUUUUUAACACAUUUUUAACGACUUCUUUACGUAUAACUAUCGAUAUUGUAAACUUUCUAUCGAAAUCUCGCUGAGUACAGCGAAACGAUGUUUAUUCUUCUUCGUGCACAAACAAAAAGGGGACCUCCCUCGCGAGGGAGCCUUGAUUUAUCGUACAGGGUUGGGCGCAAUGGAAUAAUCACGGAUCUAAAGAGAAUUUAUUGAAACGAGUCGAAUAUGCUCGUUGAAAGGACUGUUGCUUAAUUGCUUGGAAUUUUGCAAGAAACUGAUCUGAAAUCAAAAAGACAGUCCUCACUUUUGGACGGGUUAGAGAUUAUCUUUAGAAAGUGUACUCUCUAGGAUUCGAGUAUCUUUCGAAUAUUUUUCAUUCGACUGGUCGAUCAAUGACAAAACCGAAGUUCUGAUAUACAUAUACAUAUAUUAUACAUAUUCGUUACUAAAUUUAGAAGAUAUAUAUAUAUAUAUAUAUAUACUACAUUGUACAUCACAGAUCAAUACUUAACACUAAAAGGGUAGCAAUAAUGUUACAAUAAAUUUUUUGCUGUAAUUUGGCAAAUAAAUAAAAUACAUUUCAGAAAACAAUUUGUUUGCCCUAAACAAUUUAAAUAUUAUAAAUAUGGCCAGGAUAUUGAAUAUUGAUCUGUGAUAUACAACUGGUUCAUCCUAUACACGUAUACAUACGAAAUAUGAAUAUGAAAAAUGAUAAAAACAUUUUAGAGUCCUGUGUGAUAUACCCGAAGCGGUGCUUCUUCCGGACAAAUAAAAAGCACGAGGCAAAUCAAACGGAAGGACUCGAUUCGAAUUGUAUCUUUUUGAUAAUUCUUCUUUUGAUAUGAUUUCCACUACUUGUUUCAUCAGGAAACAAAAGUAUCGUCAAUUCGAAUCACUCUUUUUAUAACAUCCGAAUCGAUGACGAUGAUAAAUAACGGGGAAUAAUUACGGCUAAUGAUUUAGUGAAUUUCAGUUGAAAUAUCGCCAGGGUUCUGUUCGACGUUUGGUUGGUGCGAUUUCUUCGUCACGAACGUGUCGAAAAUUGCUGGGUUGUAGAUUUCUUUGUACACGCGAACAAGUCGUUUCUUGUCUUUGACGAGUCGUCGAAGUUGCUGGUAUUUCGUAUACAAAGUAAAUAUGUAUGUAGUAUGCAAGAUUUUCGUGCUUUAGUUUGCAAGCUUUGUUACAUUUUUUUUUUCAAAGAAAGUAACAUGAAAUUGUUCGAGUGAAACAGUGGAAUCAAUAAUUUCACAAAGAAUAUUAGUUUCGUUUCAAAAUUUUCAGUAUACUCCACGGAAAAACCUCAGAGCUUUAUUGAUUUUUAAUGCUCAGUUCGAAGUUACUUUAAUUAAAUAAAGUUAGUUAACUCUAACAACUCGAAGCACUCGUAAAUAAAAUUCGCUCGUGUGUCGAAAAGUAAUAUAUAUUAUAAGGGUGUCUUUGAAAUGGGGUUACAACAUUUAUAAACGUUUUUUACAUCUGAAAGUUAAAAAAGGUUUUGAAACUACCGCUUUUACCUUCCAUGGAUGGAAAAAAACUUCAGUAAACGUCAUGAUAACCAUUCAAAGAUACUCUGCAUAUUAUCGUGAUAAGCUCGAACCAAAACAGAAAAGAAUAUUUUUGUGGAAAAUAUCGCGUACAAAGAAACCUGAUAAUGUAUCUCGAUCGACGCGGCACGCAAAGUAAAAUUUAAGAAAAAAUAAAUUGCAAUACAUCUUCGUAGGCUACAUAUAAGCAUACUUAUUUUUCAAUGUAAAACGACUGUGUAGCACUACUCUAGGCAAAUAUACAUCUAUUUUAGGUACGAGAGAUUGAGAGAGAAAGAGAGAGGAGAUGGAAGAGAAC